AUGGCUGCAGAGCGAAAGUUUGUGAAUCUAAGGAAGCGGUUGGAUCAGCUGGGCUAUCGGCAACCUCUGGGAGUGGAGAGUUUACCUUUGGUGGAAAAGCUGUUUAGUGAUCUUGUUCACACAACUGAAAGUUUACGGAGAACAACGUUAUCUGCUGGAAAAAUUGAAAAAGAAUUCAGCAACUUUGAUGCUGUCCUGGAACCUUAUCAAGAAGAAAAUGCUAGGCUUACCCGUGAAAAUAAUGAAUUACACUUAGAGAUUCUGAAACUGAAAGAACAAUCAGAGCAUCAGAUCAAAGAUUUGAAAGCUGCAAUGAGGAAAGUUGAACAUGAGACUGCAGACAUGAAAUUUCUGAAUAGCCAGUAUAUACAUAAAGUUAGAUCACUAGAGAAAGAGAACAAAGCUAAGACUGAAAAAAUCCAGCAUCUCCAAGAAAAGAAUCUGCAAGCAGUGGUCCAGACCGCAGGCGGCAGGAAAAGAAAUAUUCCAUUCAGGCGUCAGCGUAUGCAAAUAGAUCAGCCAGUCCCACCCUCAGGAGUUGAUGCCUAUCCAGUUCCUCAGCCAGAUGACCCAUAUAUUGCAGAUCUUCUUCAAGUGGCUGAUAACAGAAUUCAUGAGCUGCAGCUGGAAGUGGAGAGCUAUCAGGAAAAAUUAGAGAUAGCUGAACGUGAAAUGAAAAAUUACAGCAAACAGGUUGAAUUACGAGACGCAGAAAUUGAGCGUUUAGUGUUAGCUCUGGAUGGUGGUCGCUCUCAUGAUGUGAUAUCUCUAGAGGCCAGAAACAGAAGUAAUGAAAAAAUUAUUGCUCAUUUAAAUUUACAGGUUGAAUUUUUGCAGCAAGCAAACAAGGAGCUUGAAAUGCGCAUACACGAUCUUUUGGACAGUAGGAAAAACGUGACCAGCGAGGUGGCUAAUUUAAGUAAUAAAAACGAAGAACUGUGCCAGGAAUUGAGUGAAAUAGAUCAUUUUGCACAGCAGCUGGAAAGACACAAAGAAAUUGUUCUGGAAACAGCAGAUAAAGAAAUUGGAGAGGCAAAGGAAGAAAUUAAAAAAAGGGAUGAUGAAAUCCAGGAGUGUGAAGAAACUAUAGCCAGACUUAAAUCGGAGCUGUUUUCAUCUCGUAGGGAAAAAGACAAACUAACAGAAGAACUCUUUAGGAGAACAGACGAAAAGCAAACUCUUGAGUUUGUCUUAAAUCAGGUUCAGCAAGACAACUCCAAGCUAGCCAAAAAAGUUGAAACCUUUGAAAUUAUAGAACGGGAACUUGUUAUAGAAACAGAGAGAAUGAGACUAGAAGGUGGCAUUGCACUUGGAGACAAGUCGCCUUCUCGUAUAGAUGCAUUCGUAAAGACUAUAGAAGAGGACAGAGACUACUAUAAGCGAGAACUGGAGUAUCUUCAAAAGAUUGUUAAACGAAGAUUAAGCCCAUUGCAAAAGUCUCCAGAAAAGAGUGAUGAUCUUAGGUUGGUUACCAGAGAGAGAGAUGAGCUGCAAGCUAUGCUAGAUAACUUUGAAAAGCACAUGAUACAGAUUCAGUCCAAAGUCAAACUGCUAACUUUGGAAAGAGACAAACUAAAGAAUCAAUAUGAACAGUCUCAGGAUGAGUUGAACCGUCUAAGAAGAGAAGCAAAAAGUUGUCUUUGGGUCCAAAGUCACGUGGAAGAGGAGAGAAACAUUGCACUGUCUGAUUUCAGAAAAGUGGUGGCAGAGAAGGAAGGGCUAAGAGAGAAAUUAAAGAUCAUACAGGAAGAUGCUGCUCUAGAAAAAUCAAAGUUGGAGGAGGAAAUAGCAGAGAUGGAAAACACUAUUCAUAGACUGGAAACUGAACAGCUUGAUCAAAUUACUACAAUUUCGUUACUGAAAGACAAAAUAACCUGCUUAGAAGAUGAAUUAAAUGCUAAGUCUCAUCAGCUCUCCCAGUCAAGUGAAGAUACUUCACAAUUUAAGAGAGAGUUAAGUUCCCUUCAGCUCCUAAAUGAACAGAUUAAAAAUUCCAUGGAUGAAAUGCAGCAUCGAUUCUGUAUUAAAGAUGAUGAACUUCAUUCAGCUCAAGAAGAAAUUUUGAUGCUAGAGGACACAAUCAUUAAAUUAAAUAAUAAGAACACUGCCCAGGAUGAGACCAUAAGUGUGCUCAGAAGCACCAUUAAUAUCUUGGAUAAGGAGAAGGACAACCUUCAGGAAAGCGUUGAUGAAAAAACAGAGAGACUUGCUUGUUUAGACGACAAUCUAGCCAACAAGGAAAAAACUAUCCUUCAUUUACGUCAGACACUCAGUCAGUUGGAGUCCUCCUUAGACCAGUUAAAGGAUGCCCUGAGUGGCAAAGACCGUGAAGUAGCCAGUCUCCGUCGUCAACUUGAUGCGGCACAUUCUGAGCUCAGCGAAACCGGAAGAGUGAAAGAAAUGGCUCUGAAGGAAAACAGAAGGUUACAGGAUGAUCUAGCUAUCAUGAGCCGAGAAAACCAGGCAAUCUCAAAUGAACUGGAAGCAGCUUUACGUGAAAAAGAAGAAUUGAAAAUCAGAGUUCAUAAUUACAUAACGGAAGUAUCCAGAUUUGAAAGCUUAAUGGCUUCAAAGGAAAGAGAAAACCGGGAUUUGCUGGAAAAAUUCCAGAUGCUCCAUAGCCAAGCUGAAGACUGGGAAGCAAAGGCUCAUCAAGCGGAGGGGGACAGCAGCUCAGUCCGCCUGGAACUUCUCUCUGUUGACACUGAGCGAAGACACCUUAGAGAAAGAAUAGAAUUACUGGAAAAAGAAAUUCAGGAGCACAUCUUUGCUCACCAAGCAUAUGAAUCACAGAUCUCUUCAAUGGCGAAAAAUAUGGCCAAACUUGAAGAGAGUCUCAAAAAUGAAAAAGAAGGCAAGGCCGCAGCAGCAGCUGAUGUGGUUUCUGUUAGAGAUCUUUGUGUUAAAAUGGAGUCCAGCAAAGAACAUCUUUCUCGUCAGUUAGCAGUCAAAAGUCUGGAUUUUGAGAGGGUUCAGACAGAAUUGGAAGAUGCAAGAGCGGAAGCAGAGCUGUUAAAAAAGCAGUUGUCCAGUGAGCGAAUAACAAUACAAAACCUGGAAACACUCUUGGCGACUAACAGAGACAAAGAAUUUCAGAAUAAUCUGGUCGCUCAUGAGAAAGAGUCGGAAAUACAGCUACUCAAAGACAAGCUAACACUCUCGGACAGCAAACUAACAAGUCUUAAUAGAGAAACUUCUCUACUCCAAAAUAAACUUGCACAGCUGCAGACUGAUUAUGAUAUUCAAAAACGGCAGCUGACAACAGAACGAUUUGAACGGGAACGUUCCAUUCAAGAGAUGCGGCGGUAUGGCCUCAGUGUCUCUUCUGCAACUGUCGUAUCCCCACAUAGUUCGACCCUGAGAUCUCCUUCACACUCUCCAGAGAGGGCGCUUUCAGGAGCAGUAGAUCGAACCGAAAAAAAUGUGGGUUUCAAGAAAUAAUCAGUGAUUUUAAACAAGAACAAACAUGUUUGGAUUCUUUCAGUUGUCAACGAUUAUUUGAAUCAUACCUCUAAAAUGUUGUUCAAUCAACAGCUUGUGAAAUCUGAGCGUUUAAUGUGCCAUGAACUUUGCAGUACACUCAUCCAUUCAGCUAGAAUAUUUGUUCUAGACAAAACUUGAACUGAAGUAACGGCAUUGU